UUUUUUUUUUUUUUUUAACAAAAUUGACAUAUUUCCGAAACAACCAAUAGUGCUUGUUUAAUUAUAGAUUAUACUUCUGCAGCAUAUGUCGCAUAAUUAUAAUACAUCUGACAGUUUGGGUUAAACGUAAAUUAUGAUUAUUCUUGAUGUUCCACGUUAACGGUUGUUCUGCUUUUAAUGACCUACAUUUAGCUGUAAGUUGAACCGCCGUCGUUCCUGGAUGACCCACCGUCUGCUCAUUUCCGAAAGCUUACGGAGAUUCACCGAGCAGCGACCAACCCCUCCCGCUCUCCCCCCCUCAUCGACUCUCCCCUCGGCUUUACUCCGAGGAGGAACCCGGUGCCCCCGGCUGAUCGUUUUCAAUUACGUUACCCCAAGAUGGAGGUUUGCAGAUGGCACUGCUAACGUUUUCGAGUCGCCGACACCGUCCCUAUGGCUUUCAUGACGCUUUUGUCAAGACAGGAGUGACUGUGUGCAAUCUUUUUGUCCAUUUUUGGGGGGGGUAUACUUUGGAGACACUGAGCUCCUGGUUUGGGUUGUGGCAGCCAUGAGCUCCGGGGAAGGAGCGGAGGAGACAACGAAGGACGCCAGAGAUAUCGAGGCGUUGUACAAGACCGAUGGAGCCCUCCCUAAGGAGCCAAAAGGAGAUGUAUCAAGCCAGAUAGCAGGCUACAGGAGAAAUGAGGAGAUGAGAGCGAUGGAAGUGCUUCCCAUCCUCAAAGAGAAAGUUGCUUUUCUGUCAGGAGGAAGAGACAGACGUGGUGGUCCAGUGUUAACGUUUCCAUCACGCAGCAACCACGACAGAAUACGAGCAGAUGACCUGAGGAGGCUGAUCGCCUACCUCGCCGGCAUCCCCAGCGAGGAGGUGUGUAAACAUGGCUUCACGGUCAUUGUUGAUAUGCGAGGCUCUAAGUGGGACAGCAUCAAGCCUCUGUUGAAGAUCCUGCAGGAGUCGUUCCCGUCCUGCAUCCACGUCGCGCUCAUCAUCAAACCGGACAACUUCUGGCAGAAGCAGAGGACCAACUUCGGCAGCUCAAAGUUCGAAUUCGAGACCACCAUGGUGUCACUAGAGGGCCUGACCAAAGUCGUGGAUCCCUCCCAGCUGACGGCAGACUUUGACGGCAGCCUGGACUACAACCACGAAGAGUGGAUAGAGGUGAGGGUGGCCUUCGAGGAGUUCUCCGGUCACGCCACACAGAUGUUGGCUCGGUUAGAGGAGAUGCAGGAAACCGUGUCGAGAAAGGACUUUCCCCAAGAUCUAGAAGGAGCCAGACAGAUGGUGGAGGAGCAUGCCACACUCAAGAAGAAGGUCAUAAAAGCUCCUAUAGAAGAGCUGGACACUGAAGGACAGAGGUUGCUCCAGCGCAUUCAGAGCAGCGAGUCCUUCUCUAACCGCAACGGCAGCAGUGGCGGCAGCGGCGGCGGCAGCAGCAGUAGCAGCGGUGGCAUUUGCAACGCCGACACCCAGGGCCUGGUGCCUCGGAUCACCCAGCUGCUGGACAAGCUGCACUCCACGCGACAGCAUCUGCACCAGUCCUGGCACGUCCGCAAGCUCCAGCUGGAUCAGUGCUUCCAGCUCCGCCUGUUCGAGCAGGAUGCGGAGAAGAUGUUUGACUGGAUCCUGCACAACAAGGGUUUGUUCCUGGCAGGCUACACAGAGAUUGGCAAGAACCACCCCCAAGCCGUGGAGCUGCAAACCCAGCACAACCACUUUGCAAUGAACUGCAUGAAUGUGUAUGUUAACAUCAAUCGGAUCGUGUCGGUCGGCAAGCGCCUGCUGGAGUCGGGUCACUACGCCUCCCAGCAGAUCAAGCAGAUCUCAGGCCAGCUGGAGCAGGAGUGGAAGGCGUUUGCCGCUGCCCUGGAUGAACGCAGCACAAUUUUAGAGAUGUCAGCCAGCUUUCACCAGAAAUGUGACCAGUACAUGAGUAAUGUGGAUUCGUGGUGUAAGGCGUGCAGUGAGGUGGAUUUGCCCUCUGAAUUGCAAGACCUUGAAGAUGCCAUUCACCAUCACCAAGGCCUGUAUGAACACAUCACCGCUGCCUACUCCGAGGUUAGCCAAGACGGAAAAGGCCUGUUGGACAAAUUGCAGCGACCUUUGACCCCUGGCAGUGCUGACUCACUAACGGCAUCAGCGAACUACUCCAAGGCGGUGCACCACGUCCUGGACAUCAUCCACGAGGUGCUGCACCACCAGAGACAGCUGGAGAACAUUUGGCAGCACCGUAAAGUGCGGCUGCACCAGCGUUUGCAGCUCUGUGUCUUUCAACAGGAUGUCCAACAGGUUUUGGACUGGAUAGAAAACCAUGGUGAGGCCUUCCUCAGUAAACACACAGGUGUGGGAAAGUCCCUCCAUCGAGCCCGAGCUCUACAGAAACGCCACGAGGACUUUGAGGAAGUGGCACAGAACACAUACACCAAUGCAGACAAGCUCCUGGAGGCGGCCGAGCAGCUGGCCCAGACGGGAGAGUGCGACCCAGAGGAGAUCUACCAGGCCGCCCACCAGCUUGAAGACAGAAUUCAAGACUUUGUUCGCCGCGUGGAGCAACGCAAAGUCCUGCUGGACAUGUCUGUCGCCUUUCACACGCACGUCAAAGAGUUGUGGACAUGGCUGGAGGACCUCCAGAAAGAGCUGCUGGAUGACGUUUAUGCAGAGUCUGUGGAAGCUGUCCAGGAUCUGAUCAAGCGUUUCAGUCAACAGCAGCAGACCACGCUGCAGGUUACUGUCAACGUCAUCAAAGAGGGAGAAGACCUGAUCCAGCAGCUCAGGGACUCUGCCAUCUCCAGCAACAAGACGCCCCACAACAGCUCAAUCAACCACAUCGAGAGCGUUCUCCAGCAGCUGGAUGAGGCCCAGGCACAAAUGGAGGAGCUCUUCCAGGAAAGGAAGAUCAAACUGGAGCUCUUCCUGCAGCUCCGCAUCUUCGAAAGAGACGCCAUUGAAAUUAUCUCUGACCUGGAGUCCUGGAACGAGGAGCUGACGGGUCAGAUGAAUGACUUUGAUACGGAGGACCUGACGCUGGCUGAGCAGAGGCUGCAGCACCACGCCGACAAGGCCCUGACCAUGAACAACCUUACCUUCGAUGUCAUCCACCAGGGACAGGAGCUGCUGCAGUACGUCAACGAGGUCCAGGCCUCUGGUGUAGAGCUGCUGUGCGAUCGAGAUGUUGACAUGGCAGCAAGGGUCCAGGAUUUGCUGGAGUUCCUUCAUGAAAAGCAGAAUGAGCUGGACUUGGCGGCUGAGCAGCACCGCAGACACCUGGAACAGUGUGUCCAGCUGAGACACCUGCAGGCUGAAGUCAAGCAGGUUUUGGGAUGGAUUCGGAACGGCGAGUCGAUGCUGAAUGCAGGUCUAAUUACAGCCAGCUCCCUGCAGGAAGCGGAACAACUGCAGCGAGAGCAUGAACAGUUUCAGCAUGCCAUCGAGAAAACCCACCAGAGCGCUCUGCAGGUGCAGCAGAAGGCAGAGGCUCUGCUCCAGGCCAACCACUACGACAUGGACCUGAUCAGAGACUGUGCAGAGAGCGUGGCUUCUCACUGGCAGCAACUCAUGCUGAAGAUGGAGGACCGACUAAAGCUGGUCAACGCCUCUGUGGCCUUUUACAAGACCUCUGAACAGGUGUGUAGUGUGCUGGAGAGCCUGGAGCAAGAGUACAAGAGAGAGGAGGACUGGUGUGGAGGAGCCGACAAACUGGGGCCCAACUGUGAAACGGACCACGUCACCCCGAUGAUCAAUAAGCACCAGGAGCAGAAGGAAGCUUUUCUCAAGGCGUGCACCCUGGCCAGAAGAAAUGCAGAUGUCUUUCUCAAGUACAUGCACAGGAACAGUGUGAGCAUGCCCGGGAUGCUGAGCCACGUCAAGGCACCAGAACAGCAGGUUAAAAACAUCCUCAAUGAGCUGCUGCAGAGAGAAAACCGUGUUCUCCACUUCUGGACGAUGAGGAAAAGGCGGCUGGACCAGUGUCAGCAGUACGUGGUGUUUGAGCGCAGCGCCAAACAGGCUCUGGACUGGAUUCAUGACACUGGCGAGUUCUACCUGUCCACGCACACGUCCACCGGCUCCAGUAUCCAUCACACACAGGAACUCCUGAAGGAGCACGAAGACUUCCACAUCACAGCCAAGCAAACAAAAGAGCGUGUGAAGCUGCUGAUCCAGCUGGCUGAUAGCUUCUGUGAGAAAGGCCACAGUCACGCCGGAGAAAUAAAAAAAUGGGUGACAGCUGUGGACAAACGCUACAGAGACUUUUCCCUACGCAUGGACAAGUACCGCUCCAGUCUGGAGAAAGCCUUGGGUAUCUCAUCAGACUCUAACAAGGCAAGUAAGGACCUCCAGCUGGACAUCAUCCCAGCCACUGCUCCGGGGUCAGAGGUUAAACUGAGGGAUGCUGCCGCGCACGAGCUGAACGAGGAGAAACGCAAGUCGGCACGGAGGAAGGAAUUCAUCAUGGCUGAGCUGAUUCAGACAGAAAAAGCCUAUGUAAGAGACCUGAGGGAAUGCCUGGAAACCUACCUGUGGGAGAUGACCAGCGGCGUUGAGGAGAUUCCCCAUGGAAUCGUCAACAAGGAGCACAUCAUCUUUGGAAACAUGCAGGACCUCUAUGAAUUCCACCAAAACAUCUUUCUUAAAGAAUUAGAGAAAUAUGAGCAGCUACCAGAGGAUGUUGGGCAUUGCUUUGUCACAUGGGCUGAUAAGUUCCAGAUGUAUGUGAACUAUUGUAAAAACAAGCCUGACUCCACCCAGCUCAUAUUAGAGCAUGCUGGAAACUAUUUUGAUGAAAUCCAACAACGGCACCAGCUGACCAACUCCAUCUCUUCCUAUCUGAUCAAGCCGGUGCAGAGAAUCACCAAGUAUCAGCUCCUGCUGAAGGAGCUGCUGACAUGCUGUGAAGAAGGUAAAGGAGAGAUCAAGGACGGCCUGGAAGUGAUGCUUAGUGUUCCUAAGAAAGCCAACGAUGCCAUGCAUCUCUCUAUGCUGGAAGGAUUUGAUGAAAACAUUGAAUCACAGGGAGAGCUCAUUCUCCAGGAUUCAUUCCAAGUCUGGGAUCCCAAGACUCUGAUCCGUAAGGGUCGAGAGCGACACCUCUUCCUCUUUGAGAUGUCUCUAGUCUUGAGCAAAGAGGUCAAGGACUCUAAUGGCAGGAGCAAGUACAUCUACAAGAGCAAACUCUAUACGUCAGAGUUGGGGGUGACGGAGCACGUUGAAGGAGACCCGUGUAAGUUUGCUUUAUGGGUGGGACGCACCCCAACCUCAGACAACAAGAUUGUGCUCAAGCUAAGUCAGGGAUCCAAACAUGGAGCAACGGCUUCAAAUAUUGAGAACAAGCAAGACUGGAUCAAACACAUCAGGGAGGUGAUCCAGGAGCGCACCAUUCACCUGAGAGGAGCUCUAAAGGAGCCCAUUCAUAUUCCCAAAGCAACCACAGCAAAGCAUCACAAGGGACGAAGGGAUGGAGAGGACUUCGACAGCCAGGGUGAAGGCAGCAGCCAACCAGACACCAUCUCUUUGGCAUCUCGCACCUCUCAGAACACACUGGACAGCGACAAACUGUCGGGUGGCUGUGAUCUGACGGUGGUGAUACAUGACUUCAUAGCCGGCAACAACAACGAGCUGACGGUGCGGCGCGGUCAGACGGUGGAGAUUCUGGAGCGAUGUCAUGACAAACCAGACUGGUGUCUGGUCCGGACCACAGACCGCUCUCCUACCCAGGAGGGUCUGGUUCCCAGCUCCACACUCUGCAUAGCCCACUCCAGGUCGUCCAUGGAGAUGGAGGGCAUCUACAACCACAAAGACACUCUGUCAGUGUGCAGCAAUGACUCCGUUAUGCCUGGAUCAUCCGCUACGCUCCAACCGGGUCAUGGCAUCGGCUCCCACACCUCACCGGGGCCAAAACGACCAGGGAACACACUACGAAAGUGGCUCACCAGUCCCGUGCGCCGGCUAAGCAGCGGCAAGGCGGACGGCCACGUGAAGAAGCUUGCCCACAAGCACAAGAAAAGCCGUGAUGUGAGGAAGAGCGGGGAGAUGACGAUGGGCUCCCAGAAAGACUCGGAUGACAGCGCUGCCACUCCUCAGGAUGAAACUCUGGAGGAGAGGGUUCGUAACGAGGGCCUGUCAAGCGGAACGUUGUCCAAGUCUAGUUCUUCAGGCAUGCAGAGCUGCGGCGAGGAGGAGGGUGAGGAAGGUGCUGACUCAGUACCUCUGCCUCCACCAAUGGCCAUCCAGCAACACAGCCUGCUGCAGCCGGACUCGCAGGAUGACAAGACGUCUUCUCGUCUGUCAGUCCGUCCAUCUAGUUCAGAGACACCCAGUGCUGCGGAGCUGGUGAGCGCCAUCGAGGAGUUGGUCAAAAGCAAGAUGGCUCUUGAGGACAGACCCAGCUCUCUAUCAGUUGACCAAGGAGACAGCAGCUCCCCCUCCUUCAACCCCUCUGACAACUCCCUGCUGUCCUCCUCCUCCCCCACCGAGGAGAUGGACGAACGCCGGAACAAUGUCCUCAAGAAAAGACAAUACAUUCUGCUGGAGUUGGUGGAGACCGAGCGAGAUUACGUCAGAGAUCUCUGCCUGGUGGUGGAGGGCUACAUGAGCAGGAUGAAGGAGGAGGGUGUCCCUGACGACAUGAAGGGGAAAGACAAAAUUGUGUUUGGCAACAUUCAUCAAAUCUACGACUGGCACAAAGAUUUCUUCCUCAGAGAGUUGGAGAAGUGUCUGGAAGACCCUGACAGACUGGGACCACUAUUUCUCAAACAGGAACGAAGGUUAAACAUGUAUGUGAUGUACUGUCAAAACAAGCCCAAGUCAGAGCACAUUGUCUCAGAGUACAUCGACACAUACUUUGAGGACCUGAAGCAGCGGCUGGGACAUAGGCUGCAAAUCACAGACCUGCUCAUCAAGCCUGUCCAAAGGAUCAUGAAGUACCAGCUGCUGCUCAAGGAUUUCCUCAAACACUCCAUAAAGGCUGGUCUAGAGUCUGUGGAUUUAGAGAAAGCUGUGGAGGUCAUGUGCAUCGUGCCAAAAAGGUGUAAUGACAUGAUGAAUGUUGGUCGGCUUCAGGGAUUUGAUGGAAAGAUUGUAGCUCAGGGCCGCCUUUUGCUUCAAGACACAUUCAUGGUGUCUGAUCCAGAGGGCAGUCUGCUCGGCCGGAUGAAGGAGAGGAGAGUGUUCCUGUUUGAGCAGCUCGUUAUCUUCAGUGAGCCCCUGGAUAAGAAGAAAGGUUUCUCUCUGCCAGGCUUCCUCUACAAGAACAGCAUCAAGAUAAGCUGUUUGGGUCUGGAGGACAGUGUAGAAGGUGAUCCCUGCAAGUUCAUUCUUACCUCUCGGUUAACCAACGGCACUCUGGAGUCCUUUGUGCUGCACUCCUCCCACCCAGGGGUGCGGGAGGUGUGGACCCUUCAGAUCAGCCAGAUACUUGAGAGUCAACGCAACUUCCUCAAUGCUCUGACCUCACCAAUAGAGUACCAGAGGAACCAUGUAGGGGCGAGCAGCGGCCCAUGUGUACCCAACGUGGGAGCUGCAGGUGGAGGCAGCAGUGGAGUUGGAAACUCACAAAAUUGCUCCAUCCCUUCCGGACCCCUGGGUGGCUCUCGUCGGCCUUCCAGGAUCCCACAACCCUCUCGUCUGCCCCAACCCCUACGCCAUCACCCCGGGGGCGAUACCGACAGCCCCAACAAGAUGUCAGGUUUGUCCCCUCGUCCUGCCCCUGCUCCCCUGCUCCCUCCAGGGGGUAGCCCGCAGGGAAAGCACCACAUCCAGACCCCAGAGGACCAAGCUCAGACCCCCACUCCUGCCAGCACUGUGACCCCUGUCCCUCGUGCCAUGGUUGAGCCUCUGCCCUCCACACCAACUCCCAAACCACGGCCAGGAGCCGUGUCCCCUAUGGCCUCACCCCUUGCCACUCCUGCAUUUGGCAAGGACGCUCUUCCUCCUCCCCCUCCUAGUCCGGGCCAAAAGUCCGGAUCUGGAUUCUGGAGCUCCAUGCUGGGCUCUCCAGCCAGCCGCCCUGGCUCGUUCACCUUCUCAGGGGAGGCAGGGGAAACUCCAAUCCGUCAGAGCUCAAACCAGAUCCAAACUGGUUCUGGCAGCCAAACCCACAGACACUCCACGCACAGCAAGGAAGCUGAUCGCAUGAGUACGUGCUCAUCAGCCAGUGAGCAGUCCAUCCAGUCCACCCAGAGUAACGGGAGUGAAAGUAGCAGCAGCAGUAGCGUGUCCACCAUGUUGGUGACCCAGGACUACAUGGCUGUGAAGGAGGAUGAGAUCAGCGUCAUUCAGGGCGAGGUGGUCCAGAUUUUGGCCAGCAACCAACAGAACAUGUUCCUGGUGUUCAGGGCGGCUACGGAGCAGGGCCCCGCUGCCGAGGGCUGGAUCCCCGGCUUUGUGCUGGGACACACCUCGGCCAUUGUCUCCGACUGCUCCGACGGGCCCAUCAAUAGGAAGUCUUCUUCCUGGCACACAUCCCUGCGCAUCCGGAAAAAGUCUGAGAAAAAGGAAAAAGAGGCAAAAAAAGAGACAAAGCUGGAAAAUGGGUACAGGAAGUCCAGAGAUGGACUGGCCAAUAAAGUUUCUGUAAAGCUCCUAAACCCAAACUACAUCUAUGAUGCUCCCCCAGAAUUCCUUGUGCCUUUGAGUGACGUUACCUGUGACAACGGAGAAAGCGUCACCCUCAGGUGUAAGGUUUGUGGUCGACCCCGCGCUAAUGUCGCCUGGAGGGGACCCGACCAGAACAACCUCACCAACAACGGACACUUUAGCAUCACCUACAAUGACGCAGGCGAAGCUACGCUGCGGAUAAUCGGCACGGGCUCGGAGGAUGAUGGCAUUUACACUUGUGUGGCAACCAAUGAACUGGGCAGCGUAGCCUCAUCAGCUAGCCUCAGGGUGCUGGCCGUGUCUGCUGAUGGAGUCCGAGUGAGCUGGAAGGACAACUUUGAGUCUCACUACACUGAAGUGGUUGAACUGGGAAGGGGUCGUUUCUCGGUCGUAAAGCGCUGUGACCACAGAGGCACCAAACGUACAGUCGCUGUUAAACAGGUAAACAAGAAGCUGAUGAGAAGAGACCGAGUGACGCAGGAACUCAAUCUCCUCCAGAGACUCCAACACCCCCACAUAGUGAGCCUGAUAGACACAUAUGAGACCUCCAGCAGCUACGUCGUAGUCCUGGAGAUGGCUGAUCAGGGCCGUCUCCUUGACUACAUAGUGAGCUGGGGGAAUCUGACAGAAGAGAAAGUGGCCGGCUACCUGCGGCAUAUCUUAGAAGCUUUACAGUACUUGCACAACUGCAGAAUAGUACACCUGGAUGUGAAACCUGAGAACUUGCUGGUUGCCCACAACACCAGCGGCCAGCCAAUAGUCAAACUCACAGACUUCGGUGAUGCUGUCCAGCUCAACAGUGCCCACUACGUUCACCCGCUGCUGGGCAACCCUGAGUUUGCCUCUCCAGAGUUGGUCCUGGGAGAAGCUGUGUCGCUGACCUCUGACCUGUGGAGUCUGGGCGUGGUGACUUACGUGCUGCUGAGCGGCGCUUCCCCUUUCCUUGACGAGAGUGCAGAGGAGACUUGCCUUAACAUCUGCAGGUUGGAUUUCAGCUUUCCCGCAGAUUACUUCCAGGGUGCCAGCCAGGCGGCUCGGGACUUUGUCUGCCUGCUUCUAAAGACCGACCCAGGCAGGAGACCUCCGGCUGGGCUCUGCCUCCAGGAGCCAUGGCUGCAGGCUGGCCAGGGUGAAGGUCGAGCCCGAGCAGAGAGCUGCCUGGACACCUCGCGCCUCAUUUCUUUUAUAGACAGGAGAAAACAUCAGACUGAUGCUCGGCCCAUCGGAGGAGUAAGGAGCUUCAUUCAAAGUCGCCUUCAGUCUCGAGUUUGAACACAUCUCUGCCCCACCAACAUGAUCAUCGCUGGUAAAAACAAGACAAACGCUGGCGAGGUUGUGGGGCCUGCAGGUUUGAUUGUCAAGAUCUAAAAAAAAAAAAAAAAAAAAUAGGGAAACAAUGAAUGCUGAUCUUAUCCUCUUUCACAAAGCUUAAUGAAAUCCUGUAGUCCUGUUAGCAAAACGGGGCCUUUCACCACAUUAAUUAAUGGACGCCCUCGUCUACUGCUGCUUGCUGGUUAUAACUCAAAACAGAUUUUAUAGUCAAGUGAACAAAAUAAUCUUUAAAACAUAUUAUGAAGUAACUUAUUUUCCUUUGAAAGUUGAAGCUGAUCAGAGGAGCCGUUUGAUCAAGCCUUGCACAGACGCAGAGCUUUCAGGAGAAAGCGAUGCCAGCAGAGCUAGUGCUAAUGCUAAGGUUGGGCACAGACAUUGUGUGUCUGUGCUCUUUUACACUAAAACUGCAACUCUGAUACUUCAGAGAAGCAGAUCUUUCUUAUAGAAACAAUGUAUAGAAAAGUACUGUCUGUUUGCAAGUUUAAAAAAAGGUAGAAAAUGCUCAUCGGUUGAAAGUUGCUGUGCUACAUUUGGACUCUGUAGACACAUGAAAACGCUGAGCUUUUUGAUGGCUGCGCUUACAAAACAUACAGGAUCUAAGAUACCAUGGUAACCACGUCGAGAGUAACGAUGCUGCACUGUCCAACCUGAGAAGGAACAACAGACAUCCAUCAUUUGCUUUCCUUAGAACAAAAGUCGUGUUGCGCAGAAAUGACAUGUUUAAGCCUUACUUUGUAUAUAGACUUCUGCCUUCUGUCCCCUCACAUUCACAACAGACUUGUGCUUUCGGACGGCAGUGACUGCCAAUCAGAUGAGUGAAUGUGAAGGCCGAGGAGGAUAAAUGACUGUAAAUGCACUCAUUGUAUGUUAUGUUUGAUUAUCAUGUGCAAUGUUGCGGCUUUAACAUUUUAUGCAACUAUUUAUGAAGACAGCUGUCGUAUCUGUAAUAAAUCUAGAGAAAAGCAUGUACUUGGUACUGCGAGCACUGCUGGUAGUUUGUGUUUAUUUGAUCCUUGAGUGUUACGACUGCCAGGCCACGUUAGGGUCAUAAUCUACAAUCAUGGUUUGAUCAAAAAUAAUUUAACUCUUUUUGUACUGUAUGCCUCUGUAGUAUUGGUACACCAAAGUUGCUCUAGCUUUAUAGUACUUAAUAAAAAGGUUUUAUUGUUGCUAUGUUUCACUUGAGUUAGAUAAUCAAUGAUCAUGUGAAAUGGAUUGUUUACAAAAGUAAAAAAAAACUUCAGAGAAAAACUCUUAGUUUGGUCUCUAGGCCUUUAUUAGAAGGCAGGAGAUUAAAGGAAGACUUAAUUAAUCUUGUAAUUCACUGAAUAGAUUAAGAGUUGAACACAAAAUUUUAUUUACAAAAUGGUGUUCUAACUUUAUGUACAAAUAAUUGUUGCCAAAUUAUUUCUUCCAGAAAUUCCUCUAUUUAAAAGAAAAAAAAACAAAACCCUGAAAAUGGUUCAAAAUGUAUAGCAUCCUUGGAAAUUUAAAGACAGCUAUAAUAAAAACAGACAUGUGGGGUUAGGAUGUGUCUUGUUAAUACAGAAAUCAGCCCCGUUAGCUUUUUAUUUAUCUGGAAAGUUGUGCACAGGCCAUUAAAAAACAAGGAAACUUGGACUGGAUACCUCAGUUAAGGGUUUUUAUUUUUCUCCCCUCAUUGUUUUGUCUUUUCUUGUAUUGGUUUCCUGUUUUUGUUUGAUAAAUUACACAUUUGCUACUUUUUUUUUUUAUCUUUGCAUGUAUAUUUCUUUGUACAGAUCAUACAUAUUUUCUCCUGUAAAUAUUCUCAUUUUGCCAUCAGUCAUUUGAAAAUUAAACAUCAUGAACACA